GCCGGAGCCGGAGCUGGAGGCGGGCGAAACAGGAGCGGCCGGGGGCGGCCACGGUGAUGAGCCGGGCCUGGCGGACGCGGCGCCAUCGCAGUCAGAGGGAAGAGGCCCGGCCGGAGGGACUUGCUGAGCCACCCUCAUUCUGCUCCAUGUUGGCUGUGCUGUCAGGCUGGUGCCAUGCCCCCCCCAGCAGAGGUGACGGACCCAUCCCAUGCCCCCGCUGUCCUGCGCCAGCUCAAUGAACAGCGGCUCCGUGGCCUCUUCUGUGAUGUCACCCUCAUAGCCGGGGACACCAAGUUUCCUGCUCACCGCAGCGUCCUGGCUGCUUCGAGUCCCUUCUUCAGAGAGGCCCUGCUUGCUUCAGCUCCACUGCCCCUCCCACCAGUUAUUGGGGGCUCAGCCCCUAACCCUGCCACCACCGCAGCUGCCUCCUCUUCCUCCUCCUCCUCUUCCUCCUCUUCUCCACCUCCAGCUUCGUCCCCUGCUUCCUCCCCACCCAGGGUCCUAGAGCUGCCAGGGGUCCCAGCAGCUGCCUUCUCUGAUGUCCUCAACUUCAUCUACAGCGCCCGCCUGGCACUCCCUGACGGCGGAGGGGAUGGGGCAGCUGUGGCCGAGAUUGGAGCUCUGGGGCGGCGCCUGGGCAUCUCCCGCCUACAAGGCCUGGGGGAGGGAGGUGAUGCCUGGGUACCCCCUGCCCCAGCCCCCAUGGCCACUUCGCAGCCCGAAGAGGACGGCUUUGGGCCUGGGCCUAGGCCAGCCAGGGAGUGGGAGAGUGACAGGGCUGAGGCCCAGGCCCCUGACUCGCAGCCCGCCCUGUCCCGACAGCCCCUGCCCUGCCCCCGAUGUGGAAAGAGCUUCAUUCACCCCAAGAGGCUGCAGACCCACGAAGCACAGUGCCGUAGGGGGGCCAGCACCAGGGGUUCUGCGGGGCUGGGAGUCGGGGGCUCCGGCCCUAGUGGCCCCACAGGAAUGGACGCCUCAGCCCUGCCCCCCACAGUGGGCUUCCGAGGGGGCCCCGAGCACGUGGUGAAGGUGGUGGGCGGCCACGUGCUGUACGUGUGCGCGGCCUGUGAGCGCUCCUACGUGACCCUGUCCAGCCUGAAGCGGCACAGCAACGUGCACUCCUGGCGGAGGAAGUACCCCUGCCGCUACUGUGAGAAGGUGUUCGCCCUGGCUGAGUACCGCACCAAGCACGAGGUGUGGCACACCGGGGAGCGCAGGUACCAGUGCAUCUUCUGCUGGGAAACCUUUGUCACUUACUAUAACCUGAAGACCCACCAGCGAGCCUUUCACGGGAUUAGCCCAGGCCUCCUAGCCAGUGAGAAGACGCCCAAUGGAGGCUAUAAGCCCAAGCUCAAUACCCUCAAGCUGUACCGCCUGCUCCCCAUGCGGGCAGCCAAGCGACCCUACAAGACCUACAGCCAGGGAGCCCCUGAGGCCCCUCUUUCUCCAAGCCUCAACACACCGGCCCCUACAGCAAUGCCAGCCAGCUCACCGCCUGGACCCCCACCUGCCCCGGAGCCUGGCCCCCCACCCUCCGUCAUCACUUUUGCCCACCCAGCUCCCUCUGUCAUUGUUCAUGGGGGCAGUAGUAGUGGUGGAACAGGGGGUGGGCUGGCCAACACAGGUGGGGCCCAAGCCGCCUCGGUCAUCACUUACACUGCUCCCCCGAGGCCCCCCAAAAAACGUGAGUACCCACCUCCUCCCCCAGUGCCUACACCCACACCAACCAGCCCAGCCACAGCGGGCAGCCCCGCCACGCCUGCAGGGCCUGCCACGGCCACAGAGGAGACCAAAGGCCGCAACCUGCGGGCCGGCAGGACUCUGACCUACGUGGCCAAGCCAGCUGGUGGGAGCGGCGGGGAUGGGGGUCCUCCCGCAGGGCCUGGCCGGGGUCCUCCGCUACAGGGGCCACCUCCACUGUGUCAGAUCACUGUGCGAAUUGGUGAGGAGGCCAUUGUCAAGCGCCGCAUCUCAGAAACUGACCUGCGUCCUGGGGAACUGAGUACAGAGGAAGUGGAGGAGAGUGAGGAGGAGGAUGAAGAGGAGGACGAUGAGGAGGAGGAGGAAUCGAAGGCUGGUGGGGAGGACCAACUCUGGAGGCCCUACUACUCGUACAAGCCCAAGCGCAAGGCUGGUGCGGCAGGCGCAGGCAGCAGCGGGGGCAGUGGGACACCCAGAGGCCGCCGGCCACCACGCUGGAGACAGAAGCUGGAACCGAGGAGCUGGGAGGAGACCCCAGGGGCUGAGGGCCCCAUAGGGCGUGCCUGUGGUGAGCGGAGGCACCGCUGCGGAGACUGUGCCCAAACCUUUGCUACCCAGAGGAAGCUGCGAAAGCACCAGGAGGCCCACGGCGGGGCCCACAGCUCCCGGGCCGGACGGAGGUCCUCCACACGCUUUGCCUGCCCUCAUUGCGCCAAGGUGUGCAAGACGGCAGCCGCCCUGAGCCGCCACGGGCAGAGGCAUGCUGCUGAGAGGCCUGGGGGCACCCCCACACCUGUCAUUGCCUACUCCAAGGGCAGCACUGGCACCAGACCCGGGGAUGUCAAGGAGGAGGCCCCCCAAGAGAUGCAAGUCUCCUCAUCCAGCGGGGAGGCAGGUGGCGGGAGUGCUGCUGCAGAGGAAGCUUCUGAGGCCGCCUCAGUCCAGGACCCUGUCAUCUCAGGGGGUGAGGAGCUCCCGGUGGUGGCAGGAGGGGGCGCCUAUGCAUACCCACCUGUGCAGGAAUUCCCACUGGCUCUGAUUGGAAGCGGCCGGGAACCUGGUAGUGGGAGGGGAAAACCUGGUAGUGAGGGGCCAGUGGGGGCUGGGGAGGGGGACCGAAUGGAAGGGAUAGGAGCUGCCAAAGUCACCUUCUACCCCGAGCCCUACCCCCUCGUCUACGGCCCCCAGCUCCUUGCUGCCUACCCUUACAACUUCAGCAACUUGGCUGCUCUCCCAGUGGCUCUUAACAUGGUCCUACCUGAUGAGAAGGGCGGGGGAGCCCUUCCUUUCCUUCCAGGGGUCUUUGGCUACGCAGUCAAUCCUCAAGCAGUGCCCCCUACGCCCCCAACACCGCCUCCCCCAACUCUUCCUCCACCAGUCCCCCCUAAGGGAGAAGGGGAAUGGGCAGGGAUUGAAGGAACCCAGAAGGGAGAUGUGGGGUGAGCUCUGGGCCCAGAUUUCCCCUUUCACCAGAUGCCACCCUCCCUGAACCCCCCGCCACUACCAGCUCCCUGGCCUCCUUGCCCCUUGGGAGCCCCUCCACACUCUUGUGCAGGGACUUGGGGCCCCUGGAGCUCAGGAGUCAGGCUGCUUUGUGUGAGAUUGUAGUUUUCCUAUCUCCUGGGAAGGGAUCUUUGGUGGUUCCCCUCUCGGUUCUCCUCCAGGGAAUGACCUCCAUGAGGGGCAGGGCCAGCUCCCAUCCCCUUGGCCAGCCCUUGGGGCAACUGAGCAAUAUACUUAUAUGAAUCUCUACUCAUGGCCCCCACCAGCUCUGAAUGUCUAAUCCGUCCCCUGAUUCGUAUACCUAGGGGGAAACCAUCUCUCUUACCUAAUGAUCCUCCCUCCUGAAGCUUUCUCUAAGCCCUUGCCCAGAUGCUUCCUAGCACAUUCCAUUCUUGGCCCAGGGCCUGGACCAGACCAUUGUGAUACCUGACACCCACCCACAGGGGAGCUUGGCUUUGGAUUCUAUUCUUCCGACGGUGGAUUUCUGUGUUUCUUUUUCCUUUACGUUAAGAUGCCAUGCCUUCCUUGGCUUCCAUGCCUUUGGAUCUUCCAUAUUCCUCCUCAUACUCCUAGACCCUGGAGAUGGCCUCUUCCAGGCCAGGUCAAGGAGGUGUUGGGGAGGAGGGUUACCCAUCUGUUUCUUUCCCAGCCCAGGGCAGCACCAAUCUUGGUUCUAUCUUGACCCCCAAAUCCAGUGAGCCCCAGAUUCUUCCAAGGCAAAAGAGAUGAGUAGAUCACAUCUCUUUCUGCCUCUACAUAUGGCCUCUUCUGGGCUAAACCAGAUUUGGGGGCUAGGAGGGAGGACCUCCAUAUGGGAUGGGGAAGGGAAUCUACUUUUUCCCUGUUUGUUUUUUUUCUUCCUGAUGGUUUCUCCCAGACUAGACCAAAUAGCCAGAAAAAUAAUGGGGGUUGGAUGGGCGGGUAAGCUCAAGAUUUGCACAUGACCUCCCAUCCUUACCUUUACCCCCAUCUUCCCUAGUACCACUUCCCUCACCAAUCACUCCAGAUGGUUUUGGGGAAACCAUACUAUUCCCUUGGUGGGCUUUGGGGUAUCCCCACCAAUUUUCCCUCCAAAAUAGCACCUUAUACCCCAUCUUUGAUUCAGUUCCCCACACCCAAAGAUCCCAGCCUAGGAUGGGGUGCAGGGACCUUAAAUAGUCCCUAAUCCCUAAUUUGCACUAGUUAACCCUGGUCAGGGUCCCUAUGUUUCCUUCCAGUGGGUUGUUGGAGAAACAUUUGCUCCUAAUUCUCUGAUAACAUGGCCUCCCCACUCUGUGAUUGGAUGAGCAUUUCCCAUCUAACCCACCUCACCCCAAAAAAACCCAGCUCACAAGGGGAGAGCCAGUUUUGGGGAGCAAAUUUGAAAAAUGGGAAUUAGAGGAGUGCAGUUUUAGAAAGGGGGAAAGUUGCUAUCACCAAAAUGGCAGCCUUUUUCCCAGCUACUGUUUUCUGGGGCCAAGAUGGCUGCCCUCUCAAAACAUGUUGAAAGGGCAAGAUCAUGGCUUUUAGAGGGAGGUGAAUUUGGGGGAAGGGACAGGAGCAUCCUCCUGCCUCCUCUUACCCUCCCAGACUACACAAAGGGGGAGGUUUUUGCCAGGCUCCCUGAAUGUUAACCAUGGAGGAGUGUCGCUCCUUCACUACUCCUCUGUCUCUUUGCACUUUUCUUGGUCUUGGCCACAGUCCGAGUGAAGAGUUUUCCUACUGAAUGUACCAAGUUCCAAUUUUUAUGGGAGAAAAAAAAAAUUUUUAAACAGGGAAAAAUGCAAAAAAAAAAAAUCACUAAAACGUUCCCACAAAUCUUGUUUCUGGCACUUUAGAAAAACUGCGAAAAAAGUACAUAAUAAAGAAUACAUAUAUAUAUCUAUAUCUACACACAGAUUAUAUAUAUAUACACACACAGCGGAACCACAAGAGAGACUGAGGAAGGCCUUGGAGGCAGGGGCCAGAUGGGAUGACAGUCCCCUUAUAUCUUUACCCUGAGCCGCUGAGGCAAAAAGGCAUAGGAGAUGGAAGGGGUUGAGGAUGGGCCAGGGAAUUUUAAUUUCUGCAGGUCAAAAAUCUAAAACCAUUUAGGGAGAACUGAGAUUGUAGACAUUUAUUUUUUUGAAAAUAUGAUUUAGGGAAAAGUUUCCAGAAUUUGGUGGUUCUGGGCAACAAAUGAGAGUGUGGCAAAAUGGCGAUUAAAAGACAUGGGGAACUUGAA